AUAUCUCAAAUCUAAUAAGCAUCUGAGGAACAAAAGAACAAUGAUCAUCACAAGAACAUCUGUCUUUGCUUUCCUACAAUUGCUAAUGAUUGAAUAAGCAGUAGGCCAGGCUCUGGUGAAGCCUGGUUGUAAAGAGCAUUGUGGGAAUGUCAGCAUUCCAUACCCCUUUGGAAUCAGAGCAGAUUGCUACAUGCACAAAGAGUUUGAGGUCUCCUGCAGUGAAACUUCCAACCCUCCUACAACUUUACUAACCAGCAUAGAGACUGAGGUGCUGUAUUUCUCUCUUGAUCACAGCAUAGUUAAUUUCAAAAUACCAAUCAUCUCCCAGCAGUGUUCUGUUAGUUUGAAUUUUUUGGAUUUCUCCGGAAGUCCUCUCAUGUCCUACAAAAGGAUAAUGUUGUUGCUCCCUGAGGGAUAUGUUCCAGUAGUGUUAGACUGGGUGAUUACUGAUGAGGAUGCAUCACAAUUACCAUAUAGAUAUGAUCAUGCAUUUAAUUGUUCCCAAUUUAAUGGUACCAUUGCUAAUUCUUCCUUCUUUUAUAAUACUUCUUCCCUGCCUACCUUAUGGAUGUCAAGGCCUCUUGAGUGCAAGAAAACAUUAUCUGCUCCCUUAGAGAAAGUCAAGCCUUUCAUCUCAGCCACCAUACCAGAGUAUCUAGUUGGAAUUAGCCUAGGGUUUGGAGUAGUGUGUUUACCUAUUGUUAAGAAGUCCAAAAUACUGCAUAAAGAGAAAGUUAAAGAGUUCAUCAAUGAGGUGGUUAUUCUUACACAAAUUAAUCACAGAGAUAUUGUUAAGUUACUAGACUGUUGUUUGGAGACUGAAGUUCCUGUGCUUGUUUACGAAUCCAUCUCCAACAGGACACUUUUCCAUUACAUACAUGAUUACAAUGAGGACUUCCCAUUAACCUGGGAAAGAAGGUUAACAAUUGCAGCAGAAGUUGCAGAUGCACUUUCCUACUUGCACUCAGCAGCCUCCAUUUCCAAUUAUUAUAGGGAUGUCAAGUCCUCAAAUAUUCUACCAGAUGAAAAGUACAGGGCAAUAGUUUUGAACUUUGGGACAUCAAGAUCAAUUGCCAUUGAUCAAACUCAUUUGACCACAAAUGUGAAGGGUGCAUUUGGGUACUUGGACCAUGAAUAUUUCCAGUCAAGUCAAUUUAUAAAAAACAGUGAUGUUUAAAGUUCUGGAUUUGUCCUCGUUGAGCUCUUAACUAGAGAAAAACCAAUUUCUUUAGUAGGGACAGAGGAAGUGGAAGCAAGAAGUUUGGCCUCACAUUUCAUUUUUUCCAUGGAAGAGAAUAGACUCUUUAAUAUUCU